GUUCGCAGACGUUGAGUGCGAGGGUAUAUAAAACCAUGACCAUAUGGAAUGGGAAUUAAACUCACUUCGCUUAUAGAGCAACGUAGUACUCUUGUGCUAACGUUGACAAUUCGUUGCUCAAAUACAGUUCACCAAGCAUCAUGCGCCUCCAUUUGAGCAUUUUUCUUCUAGCGGGUGUAUUGGCACUUGCUGCAGCACAAAAUGAUGGUAAAUAUAGACCGUCGCCCAGCGAGCUAACUACGCAACGGCCCCGUUAUCGCCCGUACACCGACAGUAGAUACCUUCAGUAUCCGUACAACACUUAUCGUUACGUAAACGAUCGUCGCUACUACAACCGUAACGAUGGCCGUUACAAUCCAGGAAACGAUGGUAAAUACGUCCCGAGGAAUGAUGGCCGUUACGUGCACGUGGACAACCGUUACAAGCACAUCGAAGGACCUAGCGGUAGUGGAGCAGGUCGUCAAGGAUCGUCGGGUGGAGCUGGAGGUGGGACGGGUGCUGCAGGAGCGGAUGCCGCUGGAGCUAACUCUAAUCCACCGAAACCGGUAACAACUACAUCAUCGCCUCCUUCUACCCCACCACCGACCCCAGUACCUACACUGGCCCGCAUUGCUCAGGUCAAAGUCGCUCCCAAGCCAGCCUAUGCUCCGGAUGGAUGGAAAAUUAUUCGCCUAGAAAAUCAAGUCGAAAACGAUGGCUACCAUUAUGUAUUUGAAACCGAAAACGGCAUCCUGGCCGAAGAGGCGGGACGUAUCGAAGACAAGGGCACGGCCACGGAAGGACUUCGUUCGCAAGGUUUCUACCAGUACGUCGGUGACGAUGGAGUCGUCUAUCGUGUCGAUUAUGUUGCCGAUGGGAACGGUUUCCUGCCACAGGGUGACCAUAUACCGAAGGUGCCGCCAGCGAUCGAGAAGCUGCUGAAAUAUUUAGCCGCCCAGCCAAAGUGAAACAGGUGAAAUUUUUUUGAAUUUUUAUUUUUGAAGAUUUAUUUUUGAGUUUGUCUAAAAAUACUAAAUAAAAAAUUUACAUUAGCAAGAUGACUUUUUUAUGGCGUAGGCGUGCAUUCAAAGAACGAUCUUUAACGAUUGUAUAAUAAAAGCACCAGUUUAGCAGAAA